CCGGUCACAAACCCCGAUCUGUGCUCAUGUUUGUCCGUUCCACCCGUCGAUACGAGGCACGACUGUGUGAAGCCUUGCGAUACAUAGUCGCGUCGUCCAUACAAGCACGGGAUCUGAAUUACCGGUUGCCCGCUUCGGUCCGCUCCUCGAUUGUCUAACGAGUCACGAUGCAAACCCUGUUACCUUUUCCCACAGAACUAUAAACUCAACUCGGGUGGCCGUGAUCCAGGGCGAAGUGAGCAGCCGGAUUUCAUCCAUACUGUCCUGUCAAACCAUCAACGGUUCACGCCCACACCCAAACCACCGCAUCUCUCAUCUACAUCAACAGUGCACCUCCUACUCGCCUCCGACAACAGACGCAAUGAUCCCUCGGACCAUCUGCCUUCUGGCCCUCCUCCUUCCCCUGGCCUCGGCCGAGGUUCUCGGCUCAUACACCAUCCCCACCUUCGCGCGGAACUGCACGGCGGACGCUUGCACCUACAGGUUGGCGCUCGAGGUCGCGUACAACAACAGCACCGAAGUCGACGCCACCGAGAACGACCAGACAAACUGCACCUUCACGGUCCGCGCCGUCUCGCCCCUGCUCGCGGCCAACAUCACCAACUUCAAGAACGUGACCUGCGACGAGGACGAACGGUACCGGUUCAACGGCGGCUUCAACGUCACGGGCGGGUUCCUGACCCUCGUGCCGACCGACACCGUCGCGGGCACGUAUGCCUUCUUUGGGUACUCGGACAGCGAGAUGGAAGCGGGCGAGGUUGGGCCGAGGACGGUGGAUGCGUACAGGGUUGGGACGUUCGGCGACGACGAGUGGGAUGAUGGCCAGCUGGGCUUUGCUGCUUCUGAUGGGAGGGAGGUGAAGGAGGUGGCAGUGAUGAAAAGGGGUGCUGGUGUUGUCGGAGCGGCAGAAGAGGACCCGGAAUCGUGGUGGGAGGUUCGCAGACUGACGCGCACUCCGGUUAUCCAGUCCAACACGACAAAGACCGAGAUGGUCGAAUUCUCCAUUGCGGACGUCGACGCUGGCACACAAACGAACUGCACGGUCAAUCUCCUCAACCAGGGCCUGACAGCCAGUUGGUAUGGGAAGCCCUGCGGGCUGGAUUUCCGUUGGAGCAUCUCGUGGGGAUACAACAGCGAUGCCGAUAGCGCUGUCAUGACGGUGUGCUACGUCUCUAACGGGACGGCCGCCUGGUUUGGAUAUGAGAAGAUCAGCAACACGACAAGUUUCGGGGACUCGGUGAAAGAGCCUGUUUGGAAGACCGGCUGUCGCUGAGGAGGCAGUUGGCCGUCGCCUAGUUUCGUACCUGGUUGGAGGACUCUUGUUGGGCUGUCGCGAUUCGGAGAUACUGUUAAAGUACCAUCCACAGAAGCCACUGGAAAUCGUGUUGUGCUUGACCGUUGUUAUGCGAUAUACUCCUCGAUUACGCAUAGACGCAGCAAUCACAACAGUCUACCUUGCUGGUACCCUCGCAACACCAGGUACAAAGGAUCCGUAUUGUGUUCUAAAUAACUGAUGGGUGUGAGACACAUUGAGAUUGGACUGGCGAUGGCCGCCGUGGCCGAGGAUCAAGACGGGCCAGGAAGAAUGAUGUUGACGGUGUUUGGAGGACUCGGAGUUCUAGAACGUCAACUCAAGCCCC